AUAUUAAUAUAUCGCGACUGUCACGCGUAUCUCGAUUUUUAUAAUACAAAAUAUCCCGCAUUUCUCUCCCCACGAUCGCGAACGUAACAAGUAUCUUCCCUAUUCAUAUUUCCAAUUUGAUCUUCGACGCGCGUUAUAUAUUUAUAUGCAUACAUCCCCCGAACUGAUCGCGCACACGACGUAACACCUGUUAUUUUAAUUAAUAGGUAACGAACAUACGGAUAUAUCGACAUUUAACAUCAUCCUCCCCUUGCCGUUCGUGCGUUCUGUCGGAACGGUUGGUUAGUGAUCGGGUGGAGCGCGAAAUGCACAGGUGUCAUUGCACCGGCGCCGAGAUUGGUUAUUUCGUCUCGGCAAUUCGUCGUAUCGAUUAUCUUCGUUGUUACCGCAUGUAACAGGCCGUUUUUACUCGAAAAUAAACGAUUAAUAGGAACGAGGAUUACAUAUGGAGGACACAUAAAGGCGUAAAGUGGUGUUGUUACCAGCAUUUAAUCAUAAUCACGAUUAUCUAUUCUCGUUUCGCUCGUGAGGGAUGAAACUUCACCCCUACAGCGAGCUGUUUAUGGUUCUGAUACAACAGCUCAACGCUCUUCGAUUGUGAUGGACAGAUGAAUCAUUUGACCAUUUGUUCGUGAAAUCUGCCUGUCGAGUAUCAAAAGAUUGUCCAGUGUUCGGAAAGUAAAACAGAAUGGACUCUGCUACAGAGCUGGAACAUAUAGAGAAGUUAGCGAAGGAAGCGGAAUGCUUGAAGAUACGUUUGGAGGAUGAACGACAGAAGUUGAACGAUAUCACACUUGCCAGUGUAGCCGAUAGACUUGAAAUAAUUAAUUGUAUAAAUGUAAAGCCUAGACGUAUCCUGAAAGGACAUCAAGCUAAAGUUCUUUGUUCCGAUUGGUCUCCCGACAAGCGUCAUAUUGUCUCUUCCUCACAAGAUGGAAGAAUGAUUAUAUGGGAUGCCUUCACAACAAACAAGGAACAUGCUGUCAGUAUGCCGACCAGAUGGGUGAUGGCGUGUGCUUAUGGUCCUAGUGGUACCUUAGUAGCAUGCGGUGGAUUGGACAACAAAGUUACGGUAUAUCCAUUGAGUUUAGAGGACGACGUGUCAGCUCAUAAGAAAACCGUCGGCACGCAUACGUCGUACAUGUCCUGCUGCGCGUUUCCCAAUAGCGAUCAGCAGAUUUUAACCGGUAGCGGGGACAGCACGUGCGGAUUGUGGGAUGUGGAGAGCGGGCAGUUAUUGCAAAGCUUCCAAGGACAUUCCAGCGACGUCAUGUCUAUUGAUUUAGCACCUAGCGAAACCGGAAACACGUUCGUGUCGGGUGGCUGCGAUAAGAUGGUUUUGAUCUGGGAUAUGCGCAGCGGUCAAUGCGUGCAAAGUUUUGAGGGACACCAGUCCGAUGUUAAUUCAGUGAGAUUUCAUCCGGGAGGGGACGCGGUAGCGACAGGAUCGGACGAUGCCACCUGUCGCCUGUUCGACCUACGUGCCGAUAGAGAAGUUGCGGUGUACGCGAAAGAAAGUAUAAUAUUCGGAGCGAACGCAGUUGAUCUCAGUGUAAGCGGACGUUUGCUCUUUGCCGGCUACAACGAUUACACGGUGAACGUGUGGGACACUCUCAAGUGCCAGCGAGUGGCAUUGUUGUACGGUCAUGAAAAUCGGGUCUCGUGCCUGAGAGUUUCGCCGGACGGCACUGCUCUCUCCACCGGCAGUUGGGACUCGACUUUACGAGUUUGGGCUUAAGCUUUGCUGUUCACUUGAGACAUCUCGAGAUGUACAUCUCUCUCGCUAUGCAGCGCAGUCUCGAGUCUCUCAUUGUAUAUUUUAUAUUUAUUUAUUUAGACUUUGCCUUCUCCCGGCUACUUUCCUUAUUUAUUUACCCAUAAUGCUAUUGUAUCGAGUACACGUACGAUAUAUCGAAUUGAAAUCGUCGCUCAUUCAAUAGCAAGUAUGCCGAGUCGUGCACGAAACGUAAUCAAGUAACUAAGCGAUGUGACUGCACGUUAGUGCGAUGGUAUUAAUGAUGUUACAUUAGGCUGGUCCUAAUUUACAAAAAAAAGUUUUAGCGGAAAUAUAUCUCUUAGUGAUGCCGAAAUAUGUAUGUGACAGGAAAUAAAAGUUUCAUAAA